AAAAACAGAAGGAGCUCAAGUUUCAAAGUGCAAAAGAAAAACAGAUCGCACAGGUGUGCGAUCUGUUUUUAAAAACCGAAACGAAGGCACACAGGUUUGAGGCUUAAAAAAAGGCACUCAGGUACUCAGGUUCAUGGACGAAAAAAAAAAAAAAAUAAUGAGGGCGCAAAAAAUAAUAAUAAAAAUAAAAAUAAGUAAAUAAAUAAAUAAAAAAUAAUAAAAAAAUACAUAAAAACGAAAGUGUGCAAAAAGGGCGUAUACGCGGGAGGGCGCAUCGGUCCGCGGGCCGAUUUGCCGGCCGCCCUUGUGUUUUCAUUUCUUGGUUCCUUCCUCAUCAGAAACAUGGUGAAAACUCAUUUUCUUUUUAUUUCCCCCUUUUCUCAGCAGUUUUCAUGCAGUCAUUUAAAAGUCUGCGUAAUCCCCGUGUUUGACUGGUAGCUCUAUUGGAACAUACCCAUUACAUUAAAUUUUUGUCACCGUUAUUAAUCCAACGUCUAAUGGCAACAGUAGAAUCAUUAAUAAGCGACAAGUGGAAUUUUCGGCGAGUACAUGAAAGCAGAAGGACGAGGCAAAUUUGGAAAUAGGAAUUAAAGUCAAAGAUGUGGAGAUCAUCAAAACAUCACAGAAAUUUUGCCAGUUACCUUUAUAAGGCAAAGUCUAAAAAUGUUGAGCGGCAGAAAUCCACUGGAAAAAUUAUUGCUAUUCGAAGAGAAGAUGCAUCGGUGUGGGAAAGAAGAGCUCCGUUAGCUCCGCAGCAAGUCAAACAGCUCACUAAAAGUGGAGUGAAAGUAUUAGUACAACCUUCGAAUAGGAGAGCCUAUCCAAUGCAGGCUUACAUCAAUGCUGGUGCAAUUAUUCAAGAAGAUAUCAGUGAGGCACCAGUUAUUAUUGGAGUGAAGCAAGUUCCUAUUGACUGCCUUUUGCCAAAUAAAACAUAUUGUUUUUUUUCACAUACUAUCAAAGCCCAAGAAGCAAACAUGCCCAUGCUUGAUUGUAUAUUGGAAAGGAACAUUCGUUUAAUAGAUUAUGAAAAGCUUGUUGAUAGUAGAGGUCAGAGAGUUGUUGCUUUUGGAAAGUUUGCUGGAGUAGCUGGAACAAUCAACAUUUUGCAUGGGCUGGGUUUGAGACUUUUGGCUUUAGGACACCACACACCUUUCAUGCAUGUUGGUCCUGCCCACAAUUAUCGUACUAGUGGAAUGGCUAGGCAAACAGUUCGAGAUGCUGGAUAUGAAAUAGCUUUGGGAAUGAUGCCACGAUCUAUAGGGCCAUUGACGUUUGUGUUUACGGGAUCUGGAAAUGUCUCACAAGGAGCUCAAGAAGUCUUUCAAGAACUUCCUUAUGAAUAUGUGAACCCAACUGAUCUUCCGCAAGUUGCUGAGCAUGGAUCCAUGAAUAAAGUGUAUGGUGCCGUUGUGAGCAGAGACGAUCACUUUCGAAGGAUCGAUGGAGGAGGAUUUGAUGCUGAAGAAUAUGAAUUGUAUCCUGAACGCUAUUACUCAAACUUUGCAAAAACGAUUGCUCCCUAUGCUUCUGUGAUAAUAAAUGGUAUAUAUUGGGCAGUAAAUUCCCCAAGAUUAAUGACAAUUCCUGAUGCAAAGCAUCUGUUGAGACCAAGCUAUACACCUUGGUUACCAUCUAGUGAUGGAUCACCAUCUUUACCCCAUCGACUUCUUGCCAUAUGUGAUAUUAGUGCAGAUCCUGGGGGCUCUAUUGAAUUUAUGACUGAGUGCACUACUAUUGAUACACCAUUUUGUCUUUAUGAUGCUGACCAGCACAGAAAUAGUGAAAGUUUUGCAGGUCCAGGUGUUCUUGUUUGUUCUAUUGAUAAUAUGCCAACUCAAUUGCCUCUGGAAGCCACUGAUUAUUUUGGAUUUUUAUUAUUCCCUUACAUGGAAAGCAUUUUGUCAUCUGAUGCUGCUAAGCCUUUGGAGAGCCAUGAUUUUCAUCCAGUUGUUCAAGGGGCUAUCAUUACUAGCAAUGGAACACUGACUCCGAAUUUUGAGUAUAUUUCUGAAUUGAGAAACACAUCAACAUCUCAAGAAAAAGCACGCUCAAUGGUUGCCAAAGCUGCCAAGAAAGUCCUGGUUUUAGGAGCAGGAUAUGUAGCUGCACCUUUAGUUGAAUAUUUAACCCGAGAUCCUACAAUACAUGUCACAAUAGGUUCAAUUCUUCAGAAUCAAGGUGAAGCCUUAGUUAAAACACCAAAUGCUGAGCAUGUUGUUCUAGAUGUAAUGACAGGCAGAGGACCUUUGGACAAAUUAAUUGAAGAAUCAACUCUUGUAAUCAGCUUGUUGCCAUACACCCUUCAUCCAACAAUUGCUGAGCGGUGCAUAAAGUAUAAAAUCAACAUGGUUACCGCAAGUUACUUGUCCCCUGAGAUGAAGAGUCUUCAUCAAGCAGCAGUGGAUGCUGGCAUUACUAUUGUAAAUGAAGUAGGUCUUGACCCAGGUAUUGAUCAUUUGUUGGCCAUGGAGUGUUUUGAUGAAAUCAAAUUAAAUGGUGGCAAGAUAACUUCAUUUGUUUCAUUCUGCGGAGGACUUCCAGCUCCAGAAAAUUCCAACAAUCCAUUGCGAUACAAGUUUAGCUGGAAUCCCCGUGGUGUCCUCUUGAAUACUCUUGGUCUUGGCAAAUUUUUAGAAAAUGGAAAAGUUGUUGAAAUUCCUGCUGGAGGAGCAUUAAUGGAUCAUGUCAGAGACAUUGAUUUUCUUCCAGGCUUCAAUUUAGAAGGUUAUCCAAACCGAGAUUCAACUGUGUAUGCAGAGGAAUAUGGUAUUCAGUCUGCUCAUACUUUACUGAGAGGAUCAUUACGAUACAAGGGCUAUUCUGAUGUGAUAAAAGGUUUUCAUUUGCUUGGAUUGCUUAGUGAAGAGCCCCAUCCUUGUUUGCAUCCAAAAGGUCCUGAAAUUACGUGGAAACAAUUUUUGUGUAGCCUUUUAGGCCAACAAGGUCAAGAAUUAUUGACACCAAACCUAAAAAAUCUUAUUUAUGACUCAGUUGGAAAAUCAGAAUCUCGUGUGGAGGCUAUAGACAGAUUAGGACUAUUGGAAGAAGAGCCAUUAGUAAAACGUUCAUCACCUUUAGACACUUUAACUCAUUUUUUGGCGAAUAAAUUAGCUUACCAGCCUGGUGAAAGAGACGUUAUCGUUUUACGACAUAACAUUGGAAUUCAAUGGCCUGAUAAUAAAAAUGAAAUAAGAGAAAUUGAUUUUGUUGUUUAUGGAGAUAAAGGUGGAUACAGUGCAAUGGCCAAAACUGUUGGUUAUCCAGCUGCUAUUGCUUCUAAAAUGGUGAUCGAAAAUGAAAUCCAAACAAAAGGUAUGGUUAUUCCUAUGGGAGCUGAGAUAUACAAACCUAUGCUAAUGAGGUUGAAACAAGAAGGGCUAACAAGUUCAGAAAAUACUGUAAAGCAGUGAAGAUCAUAACUUUGGUUUAAUGUUUAAACUUUUGUUCUAAUGUAAUUUCAAAGUCCAGUUUUUUUCCCCCUAGUUUAUGCUGAUGCAAAUUAACCGUUUGAGAAACAUUUUUUGCACAAGUUCUACUCAUACAUUUCCACAUCAAGAGAGAAAAGUAACUGCAUUUAUUCUUUUUUUAACAUUUUGAAAGUAAAAAUACAUUGAUGAGAAACUGUAUAUUUUUUAACUUUUAAUUAUAAACAUAUAUUUUUAUAUUAUAUAUUGUACUGUUACUGUUAGGGCUACAAAAAUAAAGUGCAUUAGUCUAUUGCUGUAUUGUACACAGAUUGUAUGCUGUGUUUAUAUUUUUAUGCUUGCAACUGAACUGUGAUACUUUUGUGCCUUGUUGUUACUUUCUUUAUGUGAGAAGUUGUUACAUUAAUAUACACUUCUAUUUUAUUUAAAAAAUCAAAGUUACCAAAUAAACCAUUUUAAAACCUG